GCCCCGGCCCCGGCCCCGGCCCCGGCCCCGGCCCCGGUUCUGCUGCCCCUCUGGGCCGCCCUCCCCAGCCCCAGCAGCUGCCCGCCCAGAUGUUCACCACGGCCGCCCAGCUUCUCGAUCUUACCGACAAGAAACUGAUGGUGGCCCUGCGCGAUGGACGGAAGCUUCUGGGUAUCCUGCGAAGCUGGGACCAAUUCGCCAACCUGGUGCUGCAGUCGACCAAGGAGCGCAUCUUUGUCCCGCCCGGCGCCGGGCCCGACUCGACGCGCGGGCUGUACGCCGACAUUGAGCGCGGAAUUUAUCUAGUCCGUGGCGAGAACGUGUUACUGCUAGGCGAGAUCGACCUCGACAAGGACGACGACGCGCCCCCGGGCUACGAGCUGGGCGACGCCAAGCUUGUCCAGGCGCUGGCCAAGCAGAUCAAGAUCUCGGAGAAGACCAAGGAGAAGUCAAAGGUCAAGAAGCUGUCGACGCUGGGAUUUGAGGGAGAGAACUUGGGCGAGGUGCUGCUGUGAGACCGGAGGGUUGGUUAUAACUAGAUGACGACGCGUACCAUGACUACCAGACGCGCCAAUUGUCGAUAUAUCCAAUAGGUGAAAGGGGG